AUGGAAAACCUACCCACCGACUUCUUCGUCACCAGCAGUGCGUACACACCCACCGCGUACCGCGACCAGUAUCCGUCGAUCGACCCAACAACGCCGGCACUCUCGCAGGCAGGCAUAGCCGUCAUCAUCACGGGCGCAGCGAUUGUGCUUGUGGGCCGCGAUGCACGCAAGCUCCAGGCGACAGAAGACUCGCUGCGGAAGAUCAGUGGCGGCGGCGUUGGCGAUACUAGUACUGGUACUGUCGAGUGCGUUUCUGUGCCGACGGACGUGGCUGAUCCGCGCUCCGCGGAGAAAUUGUUUCAAGUGGUGAAAGACAGGUACGGACAUGCGGACGUGCUGGUCAAUAACGCCGGUGUGUUCUCGUCGACAGGACCGAUUGCGUCUGUCGAUCCGAGCGAGUGGUGGCGGGACUUUGAAGUCAACGUCAAGCGGAUGUUCCUUGUCACGCGGGCGUUCUUGCGAUUGUUGAAGGGGCCCACGGGCACCGGCGCGGGCACAGAGUCGCGCAAGAAGGCGUGGAUCGUCACGAUGGCCACGGGGAUGGCGACGACCGGUGUGUUUGCCGGCAUGUCGAGUUACAGUAUCAGCAAGCUUGCGGCGCUGAAGGUGGGCGAGUAUGUGGCGGCCGAGUAUCCGAACGUGAGCAUCGUCGUCUUGCAGCCGGGUGUCGUGAUGACGGAUAUGGUGCUGGAGGGGUUCAAGAGGUUUGCCCUGGAGACGCCUGAGUUGGUCGGUGGCGUGGGCGUGUGGUUGAGUACGGAGGACGCGAGGUUUUUGAGCGGCAGGUUCGUGAGUGCAAAUUGGUCGGCGGAUGAGCUCAAGGCCAGGGAGAAGGACAUUGUGGCGGGCGAGGGAUCUGAAGGUUAUACUGGCCGGGAAGUUUGGCUUGGAGCAGUUUCAAUGAGAAACUGA